UUUGUAUUUUUUUAAUCAUUUUUAGAUAUUGUACAUAUACCUAAAUUUUGUUUUGUUUUCCAGAGGGUCUGAGGGAAAGGAAUGGUGUAACGCCUGUACUGAAACAAAUUGCCCAUUUGAAGGACAACUGCUUCCACUUGAACAGGUCGCUUUGGAGCGAAGUUCAUGAAGACUGGCCUUUUUAUAGUGAAUCUGAACGACAGAUACUCAAACGGCGGAAGCCGGCCAACCUGACGCCCCCCGGAGGCAACUCAGAUGGGGGCAGCAGUUCGGGGAGCGGGCAGUCGCCCACCAGCACGCAUCCGGGCAGCCCGCCGCCUCCGGUCUCGAUGAAGAGGCCGCCGUCAAUUGGUAGCGGGUAUAGGGACUCAGAUUAUCCUUCCAUCGGUCUGGGGCUGCCGUUCAAGAGGCAGAGGAUCGCACAUGAAAGCCGGCCACCGUCCGCCCAACAACACCAUCAGCAACACCAGCCGCCCAUCACUAGCAGCGCAACACUCGACCGAGGCAGCGGCAACAGCCAUUACAGCAGCAGCGGUGGCAACUACCAUCAUCAGCCACAACCGCCGCCAUCAGCUUCAACUCUGUCCACCAAGCAACAGAUGGAGGUCGAUGCCAGGAGAAGGCCCAUCACCGAUUCCAGAGAUGCCAGUAACAUGAAUCCCAGGAGCAGGGAGUCCCCGAACCGGCUGUGGUCGUCAUCAUCGGCCACGCCUCCUCCACCGCCCACCACAACGACUACAGCGAACAGCUUGACAGUGCCGCCAAUCAUGAACGGCUACCACCAUCCGCACCACUUUUCCUCCUCUCAUUCGGCGCCCCUGUUCGAGGCGAAACGGCCAAUCAGCGACGACGAAGAGUACGGAGGCGGAGCCAAUGGGAGGAAGAGAACGUGCGAUAGCCGCGACGCUAACGGGGCGCAACAAGGGCAGAAACCGUUUGGAGGCGGGACGACGAUGCAAUGGUCUGGUUCACCUGGCAGUGGUGGUGUCCAUCACGGAUCCGCCCCCGUGGUGCCGGUUAAGGAAGAGAUGACCGCUGGUCGGACGCUCAAACAGGAACCGCACGAAGUUGACAGCCACGUCAUCGGAAACGUAGGAGCGGGAGGUGCCGAACAAACGACACAGCCCACAUGGUGGGUAGAUAAUAAUAAUAAUGUCUUCAUUAAUCCAUGCACACUGCGAGGCGAAGUUUAGCCAGCUGGCUACUCUACCACUUAACCUCACAGCGCAGGAACACAUACAAAAGGAAAGAUAUAACAAUUAAUAGCAAUCGACUAAACAAUAUAUACAAUAAUUAAGGC